AUGGAAGAAACAAUCGCCGAGUUACGUCGUCAACUUGAAGAAGAGCGGCGGGCGCGAGAAGAAGAGAGAAAAGCGCGAGAAGAGGCAGAGCGCCGAGAAGAGGAAGAGAGACAGGCGCGAGAAGAGGAGAGAAGAGCGCGAGAAGAGGCAGAAGAGCAACUGCAACCCAACACACUACUACGCCUCCUCGAUCGCUGCCACCAUUCUCUGUCCCAAGCGAUCAAAGUUGAGACAGAUGCGACCCUCACAACUCAGGGUGACGCGGCCGACCCAGCAAACCGACUUUACCCUAAGCACAUCAUCCCUUGGCUUGACUUUCCCCAACUACAGGAGCAAGUCUGGGAGAAAUUCGAUCGCACCGCUGCCUUUACCGAGCGCCCACUAUUCCCUUCUGAUACCCAAAUCGAUUAUGUUGUUACAAAUAUCCAGAAUACGCCAAUCUAUUCGGAAGCUUCUCUUCGGAAUUUUGAGCGAGACACGGUGGAUAACUUUGUCGAAAAAGUCGUCAACGUUUUGCGAGACGAUAAACCUCUUCGACGUGAGUUUGGAAUCCAGGGCCGAGUCACCUUCUAUGAUCGCGCGAACCCAUCGGAGACCUCGCUGAAGAAUAGCCUGGAGCAAAUGAAUAUUCAGGAUGCGCGCACACCCCAACGACUGGCGAACACUAGGCGUGGAAGAGGCAGAGGAAGAGGGAGCGGAGCAGCGCAGAGACAGAAGAGGGAUGGCGCUGUACGAAGACGCAAUCGGCGCGCCGACCAGUUCUGCGUGCACCUUGUGGCUGACGAACGACAAAUACCAGUGUAUGCAGUGGAGUUCAAAGCGCCGCACAAGGUGACAAUCCCCGAAUUGGUGGCGGGUCUACACAAGAUGGAUCUGGCUCGCGAUGUCAUUGACCAGGAAGGCGACACAUUUGAAUAUUAUGCCACCCGCCUCGUCGCGGCCGUGGUCACUCAGAUAUUCUCAUACAUGAUCGACAGUGGAGUUCGAUACGGUUAUAUCUGCACGGGGGAGGCUUUUGUUUUCCUCCAUAUCCCGAAAGAUGAUCCCACGGUUGUUCAACAUUUCUUGUGUAUCCCGAAUCAAGACGUGCAGGAGGACGAUGAAUUACGCCUCCACCGGACCGCCAUCGGCCAGGUGCUUGCAUUCACCCUUCAAGCACUGACCGCAGAAGCUCCAACUCAAGAGUGGUACGAUAUGGCAAAUGACCAGCUGAAAACAUGGGAGGUCGAAUAUCUAGACGUGUUGAGACAAAUUCCCGAAACUCUCCGCAAGGACCCGCCAGCCUCUAUUUAUCGGCCCUCGCACUGGAAACGAGAUCCGAAAAUACACAACACGCGCUCUCGCGCUCGUUGUCAACCCGGCGCAUCUACACCGAAGCACUCGUCGACUGAAGGUAGCGGCAGUGAGGAGGAAUCGCACUCGCCAUCUACCGCAGCAGCAUCCCGCAGCCGAUCGAGCCGCGGCCGAGGCAACAACCAUAAAAUAACUAGGGGAAGCGAAAGGACACGAUCCGGCCGGGACAACAAACAGACUUCUCGAAAAGACGGGCAAUCUACCCGACCAUACUGUAGUAUUGCUUGCAUUCGCGGGAUAGUUAACCGAGACCCACUGGAUAAGAAAUGUCCAAACUGGAGACUACAUGGUAAUCUAUGUCACUCCAUGGGACCGAAGGAGUUCACACGCCAGCUUCAUCGUCAACUUGCCCGAGAUCGAGACCUCGGGUUUGAACAGCUGCACGUCUGUGGUCGGACAGGCUACCUCAUGAAAGCCACCCUCCUUUCACGCGGAUACACUGUGAUAAUUAAAGCUACGACUCUGGAAAAGCAGCAUCGCCUUCAAGCGGAAGUGGACAAUUAUCACCACCUCAGGAGCUUGCAGGGAAAACAGAUCCCCGUCUGCCUAGGGACGUUUACGCCACGGGUUUCAUAUUGGUACCAUGGUGAACUAAUGGAGCAGAUGAUGAUCCUCAGCUGGUCGGGAAGGAGGCUCCAGCACGUCAUAAACGAUGAGAACUCGAGGUUCUUUCACCAAGAGCGCGAGAAGGCUCUGGCCAUGCUCCGAUCGCACGGCGUUGUCCACGGCGAUAGUGAGUGGCGCAAUAUGUUGUGGGAUGACCUGGGUGGCUGUUUGACUGUCAUUGACUUGGAGGAUGUGAAAUGGUUGAAGCGUCCCCGGGUCCUUGAACCGAAGUCUGGGAAUGCACGACGUGGUCAUCGCGCAACUGCGGGAAAAUCCGGCCAAAGAUUCCUGUACAGCUCAGCCGCUGUCUGCACGUGA